AUGCAAAUUCUGAAAGAGAGACAACUCUACGCGAAACUUUCCAAAUGUGAAUUCUGGCUGAAUGAAGUGGCUUUUUUAGGGAACAUUGUAUCAUCUGAAGGUGUGAAGGUUGAUCCUAGUAAGAUUCAAGCUAUUAUUAAUUGGAAACUCCCUAAAACUCCAACUGAGAUAAGAAGUAUCUUGGGAUUAGCAGGAUACUACAGAAGGUUUGUGAAGGGCUUCUCUAUUAUAGCUUCUCCCUUGACCAAACUUUUGGGGAAAGACGCCAAAUUGUAUGGGAUGAAAAGUGUCAAGAGAGCUUUGAAAAGCUCAAAUCCUUAUUGA